GCAGGCGCUGGAGGUGCGGAGACAGCUGAACAGCACAUCUUGGCGUGAGUUUCCCAGCCGGAGUGUUCUUGUGAAAUUAUUUGUGUGCUUCUUCUAUAAUGGGCUGAUAGAGGAGGCCUAUAACUGCGCAUCUUGAGAAGAGUAUGACCCACAGAGUCAGCCCGGUGAAAGCCUAUGACUUCCUUCUGAAGUUCCUUUUGGUUGGUGAUAGUGAUGUUGGCAAAGGGGAAAUACUGGCAAGCUUGCAGGAUGGAUCCACAGAGUCACCUUAUGGUUACAAUAUGGGCAUCGACUACAAGACAACCACAAUAUUACUGGAUGGUCGUCGGAUAAAGUUACAGCUCUGGGACACGUCGGGACAGGGAAGGUUCUGCACAAUAUUUCGUUCCUAUUCAAGGGGUGCUCAGGGUGUAAUUCUGGUGUAUGACAUCACAAACCGCUGGUCAUUUGACGGGAUAGAUCGGUGGAUUAAAGAGAUAGAUGAGCAUGCUCCCGGGGUGCCCAAAAUCCUGGUGGGGAACCGCCUUCAUUUAGCCUUUAAACGGCAGGUGUCAACAGACCAAGCACAAAACUUUGCUGAGCGGCUCGGUAUGACAUUCUUUGAAGUCAGCCCCUUGUGUAACUUUAAUAUCACAGAGUCGUUCACUGAACUGGCGCGGAUAGUUCUAAUGAGACAUGGAAUGGACCGACUCUGGAGGCCCAACAAGGUACUGAGUUUACAAGACCUCUGCUGCCGAGCCAUUGUGUCCUGCACCCCAGUUCACCUCGUGGACAAGCUCCCUCUCCCUGUUGCCUUAAGAAGCCAUUUAAAGUCUUUUUCCAUGGCCAAUGGUCUGAACGCCAGAAUGAUGCAUGGCCGCUCCUACUCGCUGACUGCCAACAACGCAAACAAGAGGAACAGCCUCAAAAAAGCCAAGAUCAUCCGUCCCCCUCAAAGCCCCCCCAAAAACUUUACCAGAAACAGCUGCAAAAUCUCCUAGUCUUGUACCCCGUCUGACUUUUCUUUUGUUCCUUGCUUUCUUUCGUCUGGAGCCCUCAGGAUUUGUAAAGAAAUAAUGCUCCACAUUCAGAGUUGGCGUAAAAAACUGAUGGCAUAAACGUUGCUUUGGAAUCUAAUUUUAGACACUACAAAAAAUAUAAAAUAACGGAGAAACGUGCAAAAAAAAAAAAUAGCGUUUAUAAAUAAAAUGCAUGGGCCUUUGUGCGCGUGAAUGUGACAGUUUGUGUGCUUACAAAAUAAAGGGAAUAUUUGCCAUUUUUGUUAAUUACACUUAAUUACUUGUACGCGGUAAUGAAUCGCACAGAGUCGUCUCUUAGUCCAGUGAUUUGCGAAGUAAUCGUGUUCAUGGCAGAGAGGAAACAAUGUGAUGUAUAGAUUGCACAAUUAUAGCCACCGUAUGGUAUUAUCUUUUAGUAACAUUGGAUUGGUUGUAAGUUUAGAAUCCUGACGGAGCCACGGCACAGGCCGCUGGGGUGUACAUAGGACAGUGAAUGCACUCGUACGUCAGGUUUGUGUAUGAAACAGGUUCUUUGAUAUAACAGAAAUUGUUUUUGCAUUGUUAUUUAAUAACCUUUUGGGAGGAUUUAAUUAUAUUUCUGCUUAUAUUUCUGUAAAAGCGACCGUUUUUGUACCAGAUACUGCCGUGUUUCAGAGAGAAAUAUAUAUGUGUAUAUAUAUAUGCCAAAGAUUGCUAUGAAAUGUGAAUAUUUUCCAUAUGCAGGAGAGCUGCCAAGAGAAUGUGAUGCGCAGAAUUGUUUUAUAAGAGAGAACACUAUUAUUUAAGAUGAAUAAAUGUCUUUCAACAUC